AUGUCUGCUGCAGACCUCAACGACAAGGCCUUUUCCGGGCUCAUAGACCAAUCCUUCAACCGUUUUAGUGUCCAGACCCUUAAUGACAACAUCAACGUCUCCAAUUUCAACGAGUUUCUCCGGAACAACUCUAUCUUCAACGACACCAGAUUCAACCCUAAUUUGCAAGAGGACCUAAGUAAACUACAUAACAUAUCCAAUCUGAACAGCACAAGUGGUCAUGGCAACGAGUCUGCUCUAGACCAUAUAUUAAAUAGAGGGAAAACCAUCUUCAAGAAAAAAGACCACAACGACUCAAAUGAUACAAUAAAUACAAUCAACAACAACAUCUACAAUAACAACGAUUCUAAUGUUACCAAUCACAAUGACAAGCUUCAUACGUACAACAGUCAUAAAGAUACCCAAUAUCGUCACCAUUACAAUAAUAACCAAAGUUUUGAUACUUUAUCCACGAAUGGCACUAUUACCCAAGUUCUUUCUUUUGAUUCCAUUUCAAUCUCGACUGACAAUGAUACCCACUGCAACCCAAGCAACACUAAUGUUAACGCAAUUAAUACGAUCAGCAACUACAGUUUUAGUGAGAAAAGCUCACCUUCAACUGACGAGUCCAAACAAAAAAUAAAAAAAAAUAAAAAUGUCAAUAAUUUGAAAAUAAACACAAAUAUUAAUGCCAAAGACAUUGCCCAUAUCAUUCGAAAAAAAGAUAAAUUUAAUAAAAACAACGAUAUUAAUAAUACAAGGGAUCUAAACAUUAUCAAUCAUAAUCAUAAUCAAGACAGUCUCACUAGUGUUGUUGCUUCAACAAAUGAUAUCUCAACUUAUAACAGCACUGUGAAUAGUACUCUUAAUAGCACCUUAAAUAGUCCCUUUUUCAGACCAAAUGUAAUUAAAAUAUCAGUUCCUUAUUCAUCCUCCAUCAAAAGUCCAGAAAAUCUUAUAUCCCCAAUAAACUGCAUCAAUACCAAUUAUCAUGAUAAUAUAAAACCAUCUCACUCCUAUUCAAAUCACUCCUUAUCUUCUGCGGGUCAAUUUUCCUUUGAAACAAGUUCAAAUUCAAUUGAUUCUGAAAAUCGCUCAUUCUUAAAGGUGUCUAAAGUUAAUUAUUUUAAUAAAGGUAAUUCUUUUAAUUACAAUACUGAUAAUAAUAAUAAUAACUAUAAUCAUGAUACUCACUUAAUUAAAGGUGACAUAACAAAUAAUAUUAUCUCCAAUGGCAAUUUAAAUAAUAUUGAAUAUAACAAAAAUAAGAAAACUGAUAAAUUUAAAAAUAAUAGCUUGAUUAAAAGAACUAAAACUCACUUACUUCGAAAAAACAAAAGCAUGAAAAUAUUAAAUUUUAACCACAACACUCAAAAUAAAAAUAUUAAUAACGACAAUCACAAUAAUAAUAAUAAUAAUAAUAAUAAUAAUAAUAAUAAUAAUAAUAAUAAUAAUAAUAACCUUGAUUUUAACAGAAAUAACCACCACACAAAUUCUAUGCACAUUACCACAAAAACAACAUGUUUUCCCCUGAUAACCUGA